AUGGGAGAACAUGAGGGAACACCAACAGAUCAUGGCGAUGAAGAAAUGCUAAAAUUUAAUGCAACAAGCCGAACAGGAAGAAGAAAUGCUCUACCAUCAUUAGACGUUGAAGGUGUUGAUACGGCAACACCAAAACUAGUUGAUAAAAUGGCUGAUGUAACUACCGAAGAUGUUGACGACGGUAAACUGGAUGCCGCAGAAUCCGAAACGGCACAAAACAAAGGUCAGUAUGUUGUUAUAACUUCAAAUAACCUCAAACAAACUAGCUAA